AUGACGACGGACGGAGGUGGUUGCAGCAACCAGACACCUCCUCCCUUCACUCGAUCGGACGGCCGACCACCUCCACCACCACCGUCUGCUGGUGGCCCGACGACGAGACACAGGGGCGGAGAGGGAGAGAGACAGAAAGUUGAAGGAGAAAAGGGAGACGAUGAGAGAGAAAGAGUGAAGAAGGAGCACAGCAGCGGCGGCGGGUCUCAGCGGAGCUCGCCGGCGACGGCAAAGACGAAGACAGAGAGAGAUGGUGAGGGCGACAGACCUCCGACAGGCCCCGAUAAGCGCGAUUCUCUCCCGUUCGACAACCAGACACCUCCUCCCUUCACUCGAUCGGACGGCCGACCACCUCCACCACCACCGUCUGCUGGUGGCCCGACGACGAGACACAGGGGCGGAGAGGGAGAGAGACAGAAAGUUGAAGGAGAAAAGGGAGACGAUGAGAGAGAAAGAGUGAAGAAGGAGCACAGCAGCGGCGGCGGGUCUCAGCGGAGCUCGCCGGCGACGGCAAAGACGAAGACAGAGAGAGAUGGUGAGGGCGACAGACCUCCGACAGGCCCCGAUAAGCGCGAUUCUCUCCCGUUCGAGUAG